AAAUGGCGUGGCGGUCGCGAACGCGACUCCUCUCUCCAUUCAUUACGUUCGUGCGACCUCCAACAACUCACUUUACUUUCACUUCUCGACUAACAAGUUUCUUCUCCCAACUCCUCUCGGUUCCUCGGUCAAGCUUCGUGCGAUCAGCUGUAAACGUUCGACCCGCAGUGUAAACAGUCAUGAGUACGGUGAAUAUGCUGUCGAGGCUGGCUCGCAUCCAGACUGUGAGUGCACCGGUCGCCAGAUCCAUGUCGACUUCGACGCCUUCCAAACUCCUCGCAGGGAAAGUGGCCAUAGUGACCGCGUCAACGGAAGGGAUUGGCUACGCCAUAGCCGAACGGCUAGCCCAAGACGGUGCCAAAGUCGUGGUCAGCAGUCGCAAGGAAGAGAAAGUGAAAAAAGCUGCAGCGCAACUAUCAUCCCAGGGACUCGAUGUCAUAGGAGCCACAUGUCAUGUGGGGAAGGCAGAAGACAGGGCCAACCUCAUCAAACUGGUGAUUGAUAAGUUGGGAGGUAUCGACAUCCUUGUCUCCAAUGCAGGCACCAAUCCAGUCAUGAUGCCUGUUCUGGACACACCAGAGCAUGCCUGGGACAAGAUAUUCGAGACCAACGUUAAAAGUGCAUUCCUGUUGACAAAGGAAGUCGUCCCACACCUGGAGAAGCGUGGCGGUGGGUCCAUUGUGUAUGUUUCGUCCAUCGCCGGUUACCAGCCCAUGCCCCUGCUGGGAGCCUACUCGGUGUCUAAGACGGCCCUCCUCGGCCUGACGAGGGCGGUGGCCGACCAGGUGGCGCCACUCAACAUCAGGGUAAACUGCAUAGCUCCAGGCGUCAUCAAGACCAAGUUCAGCGAAGCCCUCUGGAAGGAACCUUCCAUUGAAGAAGCCAUCCUGUCACAGGUGCCAAUGAAGAGGCUGGGAACGCCACAAGACUGCGCCGCGGUGGUCUCUUUCCUGGUGUCUGAAAACGCCGGAUACAUCACGGGGGAGACGCUGCCGGUUGCGGGAGGAUUCUUCUGCAAACUCUAAGACGCGCGCGGAAGCGCGUCCGCAUUUUAACCACGACGACAGGGUGCUACAUCUCGUUAAGUUUUAAUGACAACUUCUUUCUCUGUUUAGAGUUUAUGUGCAGGUGAUGAUGCACUCCAGAACAUGUUGUUAAGUUUUUGUUUCAACUUUUCUUUAAUUGAUUACUGUACACAGUACCGUAAUGAAAUUGAUAAAAUGCAUCGAGGCAAUGUCCAGUUUAGUCGUUGUUUUGUUCGAGGAGUCAUCCUGUCCAAAAUGUCUCUCCAUAAUAAAGUGUUUUAAUGUGUAUUCGGGGUUCCGAAUAUGUUGUUUGUGAA